AUGAUCCUGCGAUUCCUCAGCAGCGCCCUCUUCCUCUUCUCCAUCGUCUUCACCGUCCCCCUCGCCUUUGACGUCGGCGGAAGGACAUGUGGUCUCGCCUUCAGCUUGUCGCUGGCAACAUACUACUUCAUCCUCAGCUGUCUGCGUCUCGCCACCCCCACCGACUCCCGAUGGCGCAAAGCAUUGGUCCAAUUCUAUGCCGGCGUCCAGCCUCUCGUCAUCCCAGCACUCCUGAUCUGGACGUUGAAUAAGUUUAGUGUGGAUAGCACAGAUGAGACGAAUUGGGUCACGCGCGCCUUCUACAAUGCUACGAAGCCUCUGCAAGCGAGUCCGAACAUGAAGGAGUGGGUGUUUGGGAGAGAAGGACUGCUACAGAAUUUCACAAUAGGUGCUUGGGAUAAAAUGCUCCGCUACUCGACCCCCGUCUUCCAACUUUCCGAAGGUUUCUGCACUCUCCUCGUCAUCCAAGCCGCAGGGCAAGUGACACGCUACCUCGUCAACAACGGCGACGGCGGCGACGCCUGGAUGAUCGGCCUCCUGCUCUUCAGCAGCGGCACCAUCUCGACUUCCGUCUACUUCCUCUGGCGCAUCACCACCUUCCCUGCCCUGGACAGCCAAGACGCCAUCUUGAUCGGCAUAGCCAUCACCUGCGCCUUCUUCCUCUGCGCCUGGGGGACCGGGAGCGGCCGCGGCAACGUCGUCGAGUCCUCUUUACUAUUCGCCUACAUCACACUCUGCAUCUACCAAAUCUUCACCGACUACCAACCCAGUCAUGGACGCCACAACAACAACAACAGCACAAACCCCCUGGACGCCUCAUCAGCAGCCGCACCCCAAGCGACAGACUUCCCACCUCUCCCGCCCAUCCUAAUGGCGAGCUACACCACCCUCCUCCAAGCCUUAUCAACCCUCCCAACCACCCUCCACCAAGCCUUCGGCUUCAUGCUCGCCGCCCUCGCCACCGUCACCCCUUCGGUAAUAACCUCCCUAAUCUACCGCCUCAUCGUCCUCUACGCCUCGGCCCGCAUAAUCCCCGCCGUACGAGAAUCCGGCGCCCGCGCCCUUACCACCUCCCCCGACGACCACCUCACCCCGGACUCCGACUCUGCCGAAAAUGUCCACAGCCUCAUGGGUGUCUUAGGAACCUUCAGCCCGAGUAUUCUAAUUGCGGUCUAUACGUCUUUACUGAUGCAGCACUUUGCGUCGGCCUCCACGGAUCAUCCGCGGGAAUGGUGGACGAGUCAGGGGGGCGAGGGUGGGGGGAAUGUGUGGCGGUGGGCGAAUUUGGGGUGGACGAUGGUGUUGUAUGCGGUGGAGUUGUAUUUGGGUGGGGGGGAAGGGGGGGAUGGGCUGGUGGGGCAUUGGAAGGUUGAUUGA